UUUUUCUUUCUUUUCUUUUCUUUUCAUUACACUCCCCCCCCCCAAAAAAAUGAAAUUUUUGACCAUUUCAGCUUUGGUCACCUUUGCCUUGUCAGGUACCUUGGCUGCUGAUGUGCAGUACUCUGUCGUAGCCUUUCCUUCUGGAAACCAAGGUGUUGCUGUCUCUGUAAAUGGCCAAACCGUACAGCUUCAAAAGAGCUCUCUUCAUCCCAACAUCUUUUCAGGUACUGCUCCCUUUGGUUCUACCUAUCAAUAUGUCAUCACGGACGGACAAAACAAGAUACCAGAAACAACAACUCGUAAGCUGACUGAUGGUAUCACUUCUACUGGCAACGAAUUCUUCAACCGUAGUCAAACUAUCUACAAUGUUCCUGCUCUUCCUCAAGCUUUUAAUCCUGUUUAUCCAACUCUGUUUACCAACAUGAAUCAGUCCAACGAGGUUUCUACCAUCAUCAUGACAGUCAAUGCUACUCAAUUGGAAGCCUUCAACAAGAACCCUCUUGAAAAAUUAGACGAUGCUCAAGUAACCGAAUUGGCUUAUAUCAACAGCAAGGAAGUCUACAAGUUUACCAACGCUGGUCUGAGCACCAGUGGUCAAUCCACCAAAGACUUUGCAAAGCAAUCCUGGGCCAUUGAAUUAGACAAGUACAACAAAAACACCACUCAAAAGAGCUUGCUCUUUGGAAGAACCACAUUAAAGCUUCGUGCUGAAGAAACUGAUAGCACCUUUGCUCGUGAAAAAUUAGUUCUUGAUAUGCUUGCUGCUGCUGGUGGCGCCACUCUCUCUGCCUCAUGGACUCGUGUCUUUAUCAAUAAUGAACCUUAUGGCCUUUUCUUACUCAUGGACGAUGUCUCUACCCAUCUGAUCGACAAUAUUCUUCAUGGUGGUAACUGGAAAUCACCCAAUACAGGUGUUACCUAUAAAGGAAAUGCUCUUAGCCCCGAACAAGAAGGCAAUUUAGUCUACGCUGGUGAUGAUCUGACUAAAUACAGCGCCGACCUUUAUAAACUGGCCGAUAAGGGAGAAGACAACAGUGUAUCAAAGAACAACAGUCAACAAUUGAUUAUGGAAUUUUGCAAGAACUUGAGUCAAGUAAACUAUAAGGACGCAACAGACGCUCAACAUCCAGGCAGCAUUGCUAAUGUGAUCGACAGCCCUCAAAAUACAUUGAUUCACUUGGCCAUCAACUUCCUCAUUGGUUCCUGGGACGGUUUCUGGUAUCAAGCCAGUAACUACUACCUCAACCAAGACCUCGUUACCAAGAAAUGGACUUUGAUCACUUACGACUUUGACGAAACCUUUGGUAAUGGUGCUGAAGAUGCCAGCAUGAACACAGUCUCUUACCAAAACUACUCUCGGCCUGGCUCUGAACGCCCAUUGGUAACCGUAUUCUUGAACAAUACAUACUACCAAGGUGUCUUUGAGAACACGCUCAAGACGAUUGUCAAGCGAUUCUUCAAGCCUAGUGUUAUCAACCCUCGCCUUCAAGCCUGGUCUGACAUGUUGAAGGAAGACAUUGCCUGGACUCGUGCAAUCCCUGGUCGUUCUCCUGGUACAAAGACUACCUUCACCGUACAAAACUUCCAAGAUGGAUUACUUGGCAACGGCACAGAUGCCAUCAGUCAAUGGGUUACUAAGCGUGUCACCUCUCUUACAUCUCAACUCAACUUUUCAGAUACAGAUGAUCUUCCUGCCUUGCCUGCUUAUACUGCUGGUACUCAUCUCGAUGCUAAUGGUAAUGUUGUCUCCGGUAACGGUUCAACUGUCAGCACUGGUUCCAACAAUGGUAGCCCCUCUGGUAACAGCAACAGCAACAGCAACAAUGCCUCCACCAAUGCUUCCGCCAAGAGCACCUCUGCUGCUUCCAUCUCUAGAAUCUCCAAUGCAGUCCUCAUCGUUGCUUCAGCUGUUGCCUUGUUCCACUUUUAGUUUAUCCCGUUAUGCACACACUUUCUAUCUUUGUGAUGUAAUUUGUUAAUAUAGUUUUAUUUUUAUUCUUUUUUCUUCGUGUUCUAUAAUCAUUUAAGCCACACACGCAAUCCAUUGUUUCGUCUUUGGACCAUAUGUUAGAUUACUAUGAAUAGUCUUGCAUGUAAAGAAAAUCCGUAAAUGGCAGGUGGUACGGUAACCGUGUCACCUAAUUAUAAUAUAAUGGUGCGAUUUCCGUUGUACCAACAGCUGUACGUGUGACCUACAUUAACAAGGGCCACACAG